UUCAAAAAUCGGUGAAGGAAAACCUGAAAACCAAAAUCAUGCGAUUAUUUUUACUCGUGGAGAAGCGUUGCAAACAAUCGACAUGAAUCAGGACAAUUACUUUGAGGAAGCAUUCAAAAUGAGAAAUGUAUUGGAGGAAUUUCAUAAGGAUCAUCAUGGCCAACGUAGACCAACAAUAUUGGGGUUGAGAGAACAUAUCUUCACAGGAAGUGUAUCAUCACUAGCUUGGUUCACGUCCAACCAGGAGACAAGUUUUGUGACAAUUGGCCAAAGGGUUUUAGCUGACCCUCUGAGGGUGCGAUUCCAUUACGGUCACCCAGAUAUAUUUGACAGGCUCUUUCACAUCACAAGGGGUGGCAUAAGUAAAGCUUCAAGAACCAUCAACUUGAGCGGCGAUAUAUUUGCAGGUUAUAGUUCCACUCUGCGUGGAGGUUAUGUCACACAUUAUGAAUAUAUCCAAGUAGGCAAGGGUCGUGAUGUUGGUAUGAAUCAGAUAUCCCUUUUUGAAUGCAAAGUUGCAAAUGGAAAUGGUGAACAAACGCUUAGCCGUGAUGUUUACCGACUUGGUCGCCGCUUUGAUUUUUACCGAAUGUUAUCAUUCUACUACACCACAGUUGGUUUCUACUUUAGCAGCAUGGUUACUGUGUUCAUUGUUUAUGCAUUUUUAUAUGGACGUAUAUAUAUGGUUAUGAGUGGGUUGGAAGGGAGAAUAGUAGAAGAUGAAAGUCUUAAUAGCAACAAAGGCCUAGAAGAAGCUUUAGUCAUCCAAACUGUCUUUCAACUCGGUUUACUUCUCAUGCUUCCUAUGGUUAUGGAAAUAAGUAUAGAAAGAGGAUUUCGCACCGCAUUACGUGACUUUAUCGUAAUGCAACUCCAACUAGCCUCUGUGUUUUUCACUUUCCAGCUUGGAACGAAAGCACAUUACUUUGGAAGAACAAUUCUACAUGGAGGUUCAAAAUAUCGUGCCACGGGUCGUGGUUUUAUUGUCUUCCAUGCAAAAUUUGCAGAUAAUUACAGGCUAUAUUCGCGUAGUCACUUUGUGAAAGGGCUAGAAUUGGCUAUUCUGCUUAUUAUCUAUCAGGCGUAUGGGAACUCAUACCGAAGUUCAAAUCUAUACUUAUUCAUUACGUUCUCGAUAUGGUUCCUGGUUGUUUCAUGGUUGUUCGCUCCUUUUGUGUUCAAUCCUUUGGGAAUUGACUGGCAGAAAACAGUGGAGGAUUGGACGGAUUGGAAAAGGUGGGUAGGAAAUCGUGGUGGGAUUGGAAUUGCACAAGAUAAAAGUUGGGAAUCAUGGUGGGAUGCAGAACAGCAACAUCUUAGGUACACAAACAAAAGGGGCAGAAUUCUUGAAAUUAUACUUGCGUGUCGGUUCUUCAUUUAUCAGUAUGGACUUGUGUAUCGUCUUAAUAUUGCAGGUGGCAGCAAAAGUAUACUGGUUUAUGCGCUUUCAUGGUUGGUCUUGAUAUCUGCUCUUCUAGAAUUUAAGUUGGUCUCAAUGGCCAAACAGUUUGGCACAUAUUUACAGCUCAUGUUCAGGAUCUUAAAGGCAUUUCUCUUCGUUGUCUUCCUUUCGAUCAUGACGGUCUUAUUUGUUGUAUGUGGCCUGACCAUCAGUGACAUAUUUGUUGCCUUCCUUGCCUUUGUGCCAACUGGUUGGGCAUUCAUCUUGAUUGCUCAAGCGUGCAAGCCUUAUGUAAAAGUCAUAGGAUUUUGGGACUCGGUAAUGGAGUUAGGACGUGCAUAUGAGUGCUUGAUGGGAUUAGUAAUAUUUAUGCCAAUUGUCGUACUAUCAUGGUUCCCUUUUGUAUCAGAGUUCCAAACAAAAUUGCUUUUCAGUCAAGCAUUGAGAAGAGGUCUUCAGAUUUCAAUGAUUCUUGCUGGGAAGAAGGACAAGGAAAAGACUCAGCCAACUUGAUAGGUAAAAUCAAUC